AUGACGGACCGUCCUCGGGAUUUUCUAGAUGGCAUCUCUGGCGCGCUUGCAUCGGAGGACGAUAUCAUCCAGCUGAUGCUAGUCACUUUCAUCGGGCUUUCCUGUUACAAUGUGGCGGAAUUGGUGGUUCUCGUCCCAUCCACAUUCCGGAGGUGGCAUGGUCUAUACUUUUGGGCCCUUCUCGUUACGGGCUGCAUUGGGGUUGUACCAUAUUCGAUUGGAUUUAUGAUGAAGUUUUUUACGCGUGCAGACUCGGUGCUGUCUGUCACAGCCUUGUCAAUCGGAUGGUGGACCAUGGUGACUGGGCAAUCGGUGGUGUUAUAUCUUCGCUUGCACCUGGUGUUGCGAGAUGAGGGCGUUCUGCGGCGGGUGUUGUGGCUCAUCGUAGCUAAUGUCUUCCUGCUACACGUCCCCACCACAAUACUGACAUACGGAGCGAACAUCGUGCAUUCUGGAGACAAGGCCUGGGUCUGGGGGUAUAACGCCAUGGAGAAAAUCCAACUGACGGGUUUCACCAUCCAAGAGACUCUGAUUUCCACGCUGUAUGUCGUCCACACCGUCAAAUUAUUGCGACUCGGCGCCGUUGUCACCACCCGCCCCGACGCUCGUACCAUCAAGUACCAACUGAUCGGGAUCAACUGCGCCUUCAUCGCGAUGGACCUGAUGCUGCUCAGCUUGGAGUAUGCGGACUUCUAUGCAGUUCAGAUUACUCUGAAGGGUUUCGUAUACUCGCUCAAGCUGAAGCUGGAGUUUGUCGUGCUAGGUCGGCUGGUGGAAAUCAUCCAGGGCUCACGAGACCUGAUAUCAGUCGCCAUGGCGGAUACCCUACCCCUUUGCUCGGUUACUCGGCAGCCCGCGACGCGUGAAUGCAGCGAGGAGUAA